CGUAGUAAACAGUACUCAGUAUUCGAACUAGCCGCGCGAACGGCGGUCGUCCCGCCGCGAACGCUCGCGAUUCACACACAAAUUUGUCACAUUUUGUGAAGAAACGCGCGGGAAACUUACGUUACAAUAAAACUAAGUUAUUGACUCGCAAGUGCGUUUAGAACUUGUUUUCCUAGCUGUACCACAGGGCUCAAUGGGGGGCUGGUUCAGCUACGUGUGGUGGGGCGGAGAUCCCGACGCCUGUGACCCCAUAUCGGGUCUGACCAAGAGGGAAAUCCACGCAGUACAGAAAUCUUGGGCACCAGUGUAUGCGGACCCAGUAGCUAAUGGAACAGAAUUAUUAAAAAGAUUUUUCCGAGCGUAUCCAAACAACAAGACCUACUUCAAGAUGAUAACCAACGUUUCGGAGGAGAAGUUCGCCGAAAACAUUCAGUUCAAGGCACACGUGGUCAACCUCAUGUCGUCCCUGAAUCUGGCGGUGAAGAACCUGGAUCAGCCCGAGGUGGUGGCCGCCUUGAUGGUGAAGUUAGGAGACUCGCAUGCGAAAAGACAUAUCAAAGAACAGAACUUCCAUGAACUCAAAGACGUCAUAGUGAAAAUGUUCAUCGAAGUUCUGAACCUCGACAACACCACACUCUCAGCGUGGGGGAAGGCUGUGGACUUCUGGUACAAGCACAUAUUCGUGGCCUUAAACUCCGAGGCCAGAUAACAGCUAAACGGCGUGAAAAUCCCGCGGAAUUACGAAGACUCCGUCUCAAAAUGUUAAUUCCUCAAAAAAUCCCAAUAGUGAUGCGAUAAAAAUAUAAUCGAUUUGAACAAUCGAUAAUAUUUUUAUCGAUAUAAGACAGUGCAUUUGUAUUUUAUUUUUUUUACAUUUUUAAAGACUUUUUCAUAUUUUCUUCUUAAAGUUGACACAAAUUUGUUUAUUACAACACAAGGGGACAAUUCAGGAUUGGUAUUGGUAUAGAUAUUUUGAGAGAAGAGGAAUCUAUGUAAUGAAGCCGACCAAAUUUAUUGUUGCAUAAUAAAUACAUAUAUAUUGAUGAACAAUCUUUUUACAACUUAGAUUGAUAUGAAUUGACGUAUCAACAUUAGAAGAAACAAAUUUUUAUUAUUUUGAAAUAUGUAUGUGCUAAUGACGCAAAUGUGGGUGAAAUAUGUCCUGUGUAAAUGUGAAGAUGUGAAAGAAUAUUCGCUGUUAGAAAAUCGGCUUUUCAAAUUUUUUGUAGUUAAAUGUUUAAUUCAAUCUAAAUUUGUAAUAUUCUAGUCUGUCUUUUUUUAAUAUAUGAAAGCCACUUAUUUUCAAAGAUGUUUUAAAUCUUUGUCGAUAUUAAAUUUUAUAUGUAUUUGUACCUAAGCACACUUAAGUUAAUAAAAAUAUGAGUAGCAUGUAAUGUUUACAUUUGAUUUUUGUACUCCGCUGAUUUAGAUUUUACAUAUUUAUAAAUAUGUUUCUAAUAUUUCACUUUUUGGAAAUAUUUCUCAUAACAUUAAUGUGUGGACUCUCAUAAAUAUAAAUUUCUUAUUGCCGCAUAAUAUUUACGGUAGAUCACUGUCAUGUAGGUAUAGAUAAGUAAGUGAAAUUUUAUUUUAAACUUUUGUUUACUGUUUUUUUAUUAAAGCUUGACCAAAGUUAUGCCAUAAAUACUAAGAUACUUAUUAAACAAUUCUUACAAAUUGAGACACGAAAUUAUUCCUAUAUAUUUCAUAAUAUAUUAAUUAGAUAAUACCUACCCAAUUACUUUAAAAUUCGAUUGAGUUAAAACAUAUAUAAUUAAAAUAAAUUAUAUAUAAAUAUUUAUUCCUUAUAUUUAUUCCUUUUAUUGAUUUUUUUUUCAUUGACACUGCAAGAACUUUUUUCAGAACUUGUUUGUUUAGUCCAUUUCUUAAGAAAGUUAAGAUUGAUACUGAAAUGAAGGUAAACAAUCCUGAUAAGUACUCAGAAAUUUAUUUUUCAGGCAUAUUUGCCUGAAAUAUAAAUUUCUCAAAAAAAAGUAUGACAAAAAACCUACUUCAUUCAUUAUGACAUCUAUUAUUUCAUAUUGCUGUUUCUUCUCGUGGCUCUAUAGAAAUGGACUAUACAUACAAAUGAUAAAAAGGUCUUUAUAGAUAGGUAGUUCUAUUAUUGUAUAUUAUUGGAUGUGCAUAUGCACGCAUCUACCUUUUCUGUAAUUGAAAUAAUACAUUUAAUUUGUUAACUAUAUGUUUUUGAUGAAUACGCGAUUCUUCCAUUUUGUAGCAAAGUAUGUAAAUAGGAAAAGACAUUGUAAAUAAAUUUUAUAUAUUACACAA